AUGUACUUCUGUGCUCCUAUAGCGCGUUCGGCGCUCCUUGCGCGCCAAUGUGCGCGUUUUCGUCGUUUUUCGUCGUCUUCAUACGACAUCUUCAAGAAAAUCAAGGAUAGCAGCGAGGGCGAGAACGCCUCCGGGCAGCCUUCGUCCGCUGGCGGCCGCAAGCCUUCCGACCGGGUCAUCCGGCUGGUGGACGAGAUUCUGAACCUGACGCUGAUGGAGGCCGCCGACCUGUGCGACUUGUGCCAGGAGCGUUUGGCCGGCGCUAACAUAAACGCCGGGUAUUUGCCCGGGAGGACGCCGUUCCCGCAUCCGCAUACGUUUUUCUCAGGCGCUGGCAUGAUGCCCGGAGCUGCGCCGAUGGGCAACAUGCAAUUCUCCCCGGCCGCGCCCACAGCGCAGCCCGCCGAGCCUGCUGCGCAGGCCGCCGCGGCGCCUGAACCACCAUCGCAACCUCAGCAGCCAGCAAAGAAGAGCACGGGAACGCUUACUCUGACCGGGUUCGACUCUGCGAAGAAGAUCGCAGUCAUAAAGGUGGUGCGCACCGUGACCGGCCUGGGCCUGCGUGAAUCUAAGGAGCUCGUGGAGAGCGUGCCACGGCAGCUCAAGAAGGAUAUGGCCAUAGAUGACAUUGAGAAGCUGGCCAAGGAGAUAGAGGCCGCCGGCGGCACAGUGAAAAUCGACUGA